CAAAAAGUGCAUCCAUCAAUCAUAAAAGUAAUCCCACAUGGCUCCAGGGGGUUAAUAAAUACCUCUGAAGCAUUUAUGUAAGAAAAUAUCUAUUAUAUAUAUAUAUAUAUAUAUAUAUAACUUUAUAAUCACUGGCAUACAGUUACGCAAUGGUUUUGAUGUGGCUUUGUUAGGAACUUUUUUUGCUGAAGAAGCAAAACUACAACAUGUAAAUUACUCUUUAACUUAGUUUAUUUAACUGUAUUAUAAUAUCAAGGAACUCAUUAUUAAGGCAUUGUUUUCCCCCAUAACUUCAUUUUUGGGGCAUUUUUGUUCAUUUUUAUGGCAUCAUUCAGCUUGUCCGAGAUGGUGUGAUUGAGUAGAGGAGGCGGGGCUAAUUAGCAUAUUCAUGAUGAGCAUAAAGAGUACACUCGAGCUAUUUUAGGCAUAGAUUAAUUCUUAUCACAGGGGGUAAUUGAGUCGUUCUGAUUUAUCAAAGAUGAUCAAUUAUUGACUGCAGGGGGUCUAUAUUUAUAUUGCAUUAUUUUUGUCAACAAAUACCCAAAUUAUAUGAUAUGGUAGGCUAGUAGCCUAUCAUCAUGUUUUUUUUUCGGGUGGUGGUGGUGGUGGUGGUGGGGUAAUUAAUGAUUAAAACCCGAUCAAAUCUAAUCUAUCUACUUCAUAGAAAUACCACGGUACUUUUAGGGACUUUUGUUAGUGCUUUCUCAUUCUUCUGCUAAUGACUAAUUUUUGUUUUCUUGAAAUACUUAUUUAGGAGAAGAAAAAAAACCUGAUUACUCAUUCCUUGUCUUGUCAUCACUGUAGCUAACGGCUAAUAUUCUUGUAAACUGGUAACAUAUCACUGUUGUCGGUAGUUUGGUAACUGCAUUUUAAAUGGGUUUUAUGGGCGUCAUGCUUGUGACGCGAUGCCACAGACUGUACAAACAAGCCACCAAGUGAACCAAUCAAAACAGCUGCCUAUGCGGCAAGAAAACGCGACGCGACGUCGUCAGCAGCAUCCAGCAAAGGAAGCGAUUUAGCCUGACAUGAAAGAUGCAAUUACAAACGGCAAAAGAAGAACUGCAGAGAGCCUUGGCUAGAAGAAGACGAGCUAAAAGAAGCGUGGCGCUUCAGUUCAUCUCUGAGCGAAUGAUUGACGUGAGGAGGGGAGGGGCGGGGCCAGAAAUGAUGUCAAUCAUGUUAUGUUGACGUACAGACUCGCGGUCUUCAUCACACGCGACGCCGCUGCUCAGGUGAACGCUGAACGCAAAGUGCUGAGGACAACGUAAACAAGUCUCGUUCAGAUUGUGUGUGUCCAUGCAUGUGUGAGGUGUUCUGGGGUCAGGAUGGACGUGGAGGAGACCGAAUCAGGUCAGAUGGAGACAGUGGCCCCAGGAGAAGAGCCACCAGCUCCCAAACGCAGCAGAGGACGACCUCGCAAACAACCACAGGAGCCUGUUGAACCCUCAGCUCCCAAGAGGCCGAGAGGAAGACCAAGAGGCAGUAAAAAUAAAGACCAGCGGGUCACAGCCAAAGUUGAGCCACUGAGAGAACGAAGACCUCGAGGUAGACCACGAAAAUGGCCUCAGAAGACCAUUCAUCAGGAAGAACAGCAGACGGCUGAAGGGGCGGAGCCAACAGAAGACCCGCCCACUCAGAUUUCACCUGCUGCGUUAACAUCACAGGAGAGCGACUAGAGCUACCUCACUGAUGACUUUGAUACUUCGUCAGGGCAGACGCUUUUAUCCAAAGCGACUUACUUACAUCUUUGUUGUGGACACCUUUUCAUUUUAUCACCUUUUCAUUUAUCAUGGAUUCUUAAAGUCAACAAGAAUUUCAAUUUGAACUGGUUUGCUUUCUUAAAACACAUUUUUGUGCACAAUUUUGGUGGCCAGACACCGUAGUAUGUCUUACAGCCCGUUCACACCAAGAAUAAUGACUAUAGUGAUAACACCAUAUAGUCCACACCAGCAGACGAUAUUGUUCUGACGAUAAAGCAGGAUGGAUUCUGAUUGGCUGUCAAUUUUAUCGUUCAUCGCUGGAAGGAAAAUAGUGUCGUUAUCGUUAUAGUUGUGGUGUUAACUCUGCUAUUUGUUUUUAUUUAGAAUUUUAUUUUCCUUUAUUUUUAUCAUUAUAGUUAUUGUCCUUGGUGUGAACUGGGCUUUUAUCACUUAAAAUGACAUGAACUUGUUAUGUUCAAGACAUUUAUUUAAUGUUCAAGAUCUUGGGAUUUAAAAAUCAUCUCGGCGUAUGGAUGAUGGGUUAUAUUAAGUUUGUUUAAUCAUGUACUUCUCAGGAUUCUGGAAACAACAUAUGACCAAAGCUUGAAAUUACUCAUCAUUUUAAUGUUGAAACAUUUUUAAUCAACUUUUUUUAAGUAUUAUUUCUUUGGGUAACACUUUAAAAUAAGGUUCAUUAGUUAACAUGAACUAAGAAUAAACAAUAAAUCUAUAGCAUUUAAUAAUCUUGGUUAAUAUUAAUUUCAGCAUUUAUUAAUACAUCAAAGGUUGUAUUUCAGUUAAUGCACUAACAUGAACAAACAAUG